UGACACAUCACGUAGGCCCUGCCCCUCACCGGUACGACAGUGCUUAUGGUGGUACUGGUACCACUGGAGCGCACAUCUUUGAGUUUUCUGUCUCCACUCUCCAGGCUCCACAGAGGAGAGAGAGAGAGAGUGUGUGUGUGUGUUUUCGGCUCCGGCUCUUUGGUUGAGCUGAUAGAAACCGGUCUGUCCGGGGUUCGAUUCGUCGUUGGUACAAAGAAAGGAAAAAGAAAAGGCGUAAAAAGAAGAAGAAGAAGACAUCGAUCAAUCUACAUAUUAUAGGGUUCGUUCGAGCUGCUGCCACGAGAAAACCAGAGGCAAGGCGAAUGGUGGUAACCGGAUGAGCCUAUACAGGAGACAUUAUUUUACGACGAUUUCAUAAAGCUAACGAUCUGCUCCUCCAAUCUUUCCUGUUCCAUCGAUAUCUCUGACGUUUAUUGAUAUCGAAAUUACUCAUGUAUUAACGAAUUCUUCAAUUAUAAAGAUAUGCUAUAUCGAGACGAGGCAUCUUUUGGCAUUAUCCAAAUUUGAAGUACAACAUCGAUAUGGCUGGACUAUUACCAGGAGACCCUUCCCAUCAUGGGAUGGUGGAAAGCGAACCAUACAAUUUUUCUCAUGAUAAGCUGGAUGAACUCGAUCAUUCUAGUUCUAAUUGGUAUUUAUCCCGGAAGGAGAUCGAAGAAAAUUCCCCAUCUAGAAAAGAUGGCAUUGAUUUGAAGAGAGAGACAUAUUUUCGUAAAUCAUACUGCACUUUUCUGCAGGAUUUGGGCAUGAGGCUUAAAGUGGUAGUCCAUAACUGUUCCCAAAAGAACUGUGUGCGCAUGAAAGUGACAGCAAAUGGUUUGAAAUGCAGACCUCAGGUAACAAUAGCUACGGCAAUUAUAUUCUGUCAUCGUUUUUUCCUUCGCCAAUCUCACGCAAAGAAUGAUAGGAGGUAUAUUCUGCAGACGAUUGCAACAGUGUGCAUGUUUCUUGCUGGGAAGGUUGAAGAAACUCCUAGGCCACUGAAAGAUGUCAUUCUUGUUUCGUAUGAAAUGAUCAAUAAAAAGGACCCUGCUGCUGUUCAGAGAAUCAAACAGAAGGAAGUAUACGAACAACAAAAGGAGCAUAUUUUGCUUGGGGAGAGGGUUGUACUUGCUACUCUUGGCUUCGACCUCAAUGUGCACCACCCAUAUAAGCCCCUUGUCGAAGCAAUAAAGAAAUUCAAGGUUGCGCAGAAUGCCCUUGCUCAAGUUGCAUGGAAUUUUGUCAAUGAUGGGCUGCGGACAUCACUCUGCCUGCAAUUUAAACCCCAUCAUAUUGCGGCUGGUGCCAUAUUCCUUGCCGCUAAGUUUCUCAAAGUAAAGCUUCCAUCGGAUGGCGAGAAGGUCUGGUGGCAAGAAUUUGAUGUUACCCCACGACAGUUGGAAGAGGUAAGCAAUCAAAUGUUGGAACUGUAUGAACAAAACCGUACGGUGCCACCUUCCCAUGGGAGUGCAAGUGAAGGGUCGAAUCACCAUCGAGGCACAAUGAUGAAGACUACAGCCAUUGUUGAGGACCCUGUCUCAAUAAACAGUUAUUCUCCGGCUGUUGCAGGAGCAGCGAUUUUCAAGCAAGGAGGCCCAACUGUAUCAUCAGUUCGAAUGGAGCCAGACCAAUCAUCUAUAGACAAUCAUCAAAGCAUGCCUCAAAGAAGUAAUCAAAACCAAAGUAAUGACUAUGGAAACACGGAGACCAGGGGUGACUACAAGGUAGUAGAUAGCGGUGGUGGAAGUUGGGACCGGCGACAUCAUGAACCAGAUCAAUUUCCUUGUGGCAGCAGCAAGGAAAGCAUCACUGAAGCCUCGAACAGAUCCAAGAAUGUUACUGGUUCAGAUUCAGAGCGGAAUGAGACUACUGCUGAAGCAAGGGAAUGGAAGGAUGAAGGGUUGUUGCACAAGGUCUCUGGCAACAUGGGUGGUCAGAGUUCUUCCUACGGUGAAGGGCCGAAAGGUUGCUGUCCGCCAGAUGCCAUCAGAAAGAUUGACAAGGAGAAGGUGAAGGCAGCACUGGAGAAGCGAAGGAAAUCCCGAGCUGACGUGACCAGGAAGGCGGACUUGAUGGAUGAGUAUGAUAUCAUUGAGAGAGAGCUGGAAAAUGGUUUGGAAUUGGCAGCCAAAGAUGAGAAAGUAAGGCAGGAGAGGAGGCAGAGCUGGUCCAAUAAUAAUAAACAACAGCCUUUGUACAGGCUGGAACCUGAGACCGCCGCCCCUAAUCCUGGAAAGGUGCAUGGCGAUUUUGGUGGACGAGACAAUCAUUUCCUUUCGAUCGAACAGCAGUCAUCAGGGAGUGGUGGUGGUGGUAGGGUGAGAUCAGCAUCUGUUGACUCGGAAGAGAUGGUCCAUGGAAGCGAGCGGGAUGCUGUGGAGAAUGCAGAAGAAGGGGAGUUGUCCUCAUUCAAUCCUCCCUGGGAAAUCCAUUCUCCAAAGUCCAGCAGUCGCAAUAGGAGAGCAGCAGUGAGCCCAAUCAAACGACAUGAUUUCCCACAGCAUCCUCUUCCACCAGCAGCUACUUACCCCCACUGCAGUCACCAAAUUGUGGAAGACGGACGGCUUGAUCAUUUGGAAAGAGAUCACAGAAGGCACAGACAGGGAAAUCACAUCUGAGAUAUGCGUGCAUAUGCUGCAUCAGUUGUGCUGCCAUGGGAAGAGACUAAAGGGGUAUCAUAUGAUUGAUGAGAGUCGUGUUGCUGCUGUGGGAGGAGAAUGAAGAGGAUAUCCUUCUAUUUCCAUGGGGCAUUUGACUCCCCUAUCAUUAUUAGGGGCAUAUGAUACAUGUAUUCUUUUUGCGUACCAGGUACAAAAGCAUGCACAUUGGACAUGAUGCACUCUUCCGUAUAUUUAGGUGAAGAAAGAAGAGAGAUGCUAACA